GUAUCCCGAGAAAUGGUUGACUGUCGCCAGGAUUGGUGGAAACAUCUCCUAUACAUCAGCAAUUACUACGAUGGCUCUAAUUGUAUGCCACAAGCUUGGUAUUUAGCAGCAGAUACCCAACUCUACUACAUGGGAGUCAUCAUCUUCCUUCUAUGCCGUAGUGGUCUCAGCAGGAAAAUAAUGCUAAGUCUUAUCUUCAUAGCAGGCAUGAUCUUGCCAGCACUACAUACCUAUUACCAAAACUUGGAUGGGAUCCUCAUGAUCACUCCACAAAUGGCUCUAACAUUUUUUGUUAAUAAUCCGACGUUCGACAACACAUACAAAAGAGGACACACUAAUAUGACUGGUUGUAUCAUUGGUAUGGCAAUUGGCUAUAUGUUGUAUGACUGGCAGAAAACUCGUGGAGACCCUAAGAAAUUCAAGAAAUAUCGCUACCUAUACUGGUGUCUGUUCCCGUUAUGUGGUCUUUGCUGCUAUUCUGGAAGCGUAUUCUUCUGGGACCAGCCCCCAUUGCCUCGCUACGUUCAUGUGUUGUAUGCUUUGCUGUUGAAACCAGUCUUCAGCGUUAUCAUGGGUGUUAUUAUAGCUGGAGUCAUUGUUCAGUUUGAAGGUUUGUACCGGACAAUCAUAGAAUGGCGAGCGUGGACGCUACUGAGCCGGCUGUCAUUCUGUGCUUACUUGAUGCACAUUGCCAUCAUCAGAAACAUCAUAGCCAUGCAGACAACCACUCAGAGAAGUACCAUUCCUGGGGUCUUGCUACAAUGUGCAAAAAUUCAACUGGGAUCUUUCAUAUUCGCCUUCUUUCUCUGGAUGUUAGUGGAAACUCCUUUCGUAAACCUGGUUCAAGCCAUCUUUUCGAAGCCUGAAGCUGAAGCUCAAGAAAGCAAGGAAAAAGAUACAACGAAGACAGUAGAUGAAAGAAGUCCUUCAAAAACAGAUGUACCUGUAAACAUUGUGGUGUUGACCAAAAUGUAAUCUGACAUAAAUAAGCUUUAACUAUACUUAGAAUUAAUUAAAAAAAUAUAGUUUUACAAGUUU